CCAAAUUCACUUGCGCGCCUAAUCUUAUGUUAUGCUCCUCGCAAUCGCCUCCUCUAUCCAGAACACCCCAGGAUGUUUAGAUUGUGGUUUGGAGAAUGACUUCAUUAAUUAAAUGGAUAUUGAUACUCUUUGGCCUGAUCUCAGUAAUAGCGAAUAUUGUCAUCGUAUGUCUUUACUCGGGUAGGCUGCCCAAAUGCUCCUCGAAGCCGCAUCAUGUUUUCAAGGGAAAACACAAUGAACGAAGCGGGAUGUUUGCUGACCUGUCCGCCGAGGAAUAUCUCCAAGUCCGCGACUAUAUGAGUAAUCAGAAAGACUUGAAUAUUUCUGUCAAUGCGUUUACAAAGCCUUCAGGGAAUUUUCUCUUCUUAAUUGAUGUUUUGCUGCCAAUGAAAGCGGAUGCGCUUGGUUACCUAGAUAACAAUAAACCCAAGCCGGUGAGAGAGGCGACUGCGAUGGUUUUCUAUGGCACCCUUGGGUACAUUAAAGAAUAUGUGGUAGGACCUCUCCCCAACCCGAUUUACCACCGCGAUGUCACGGUUAAGAGGUAUAAAGAAGAGUUGCCCAUCAAUGCGCGUACGGUCACCAUUGGUGAAUAUGCACUUAUUUUCAAGUUUAUUAAUGAAGAGGUAUUUACAAAACUUGGCAAAAUUGUGAAAGAAAGUUUUGAUGUCAGUAAAGAGAAAACCCUGAAUGGUUUCGAAGGCAUGCCUCGGGGUGUCAAAUCGGGAGAGAGACAGACAUGGAUAUCUUUCUUUCGUGAUUUGAGUGGAAUGUACAUCCACCCUGUAGGUUUGGAAGUUUUAAUCAACCACGAAAGCACCAACGCGUCUCUUUGGAGUGUGAAGAGAUUACUUUAUAACGGACAGUACUUUGACAGUGUGGAGGAUCUUAUAAAACAAUAUGAUGCCGGGACAGUGACUAAAAUUGUGUAUAAACCUGUCCAGAACUAUGCAUCACUCAAACCUAGAAGUAAACCCACCGGUUUAAGCCCUCAGCAGUUUUACGCUCAGGGUAAACGCUUCAGUGUCAAGAAUAAUCAUGUCAUGUAUCUCGAAUGGAGUUUUGCGUUUGGUCUGAGUUCCCUCACCGGUAUGAGAGUUUUUGACAUUCGUUUCAAGGGGGAGAGGAUAGUUUAUGAGCUUAGUGUUCAAGAGGCAAUGUCAGUUUAUGGUUCCAUCACACCCGGCAUGAUUCUGACUAAGUUUUUGGACUCUAGUAUCGGAAUAGGUCGCUUUGCGCACGAGCUCGUUCGAGGCGUGGAUUGUCCGUACGCGGCAACCUACAUUGACACUUUCCGAUACAUUGACGUCAGUGCACCUCAUAGAUUCAGGAAUUCAAUUUGCAUUUUUGAGCACAAUACAGGCCGUCCUCUCAGAAGACACUUCUCUGACUUUUUCAGCAAUAGUUAUGGAGGCAUGGUAAACAGUGCCUUAGUUUUUAGGACCAUUACGGCCAUAGGUAACUAUGACUACUUGUGGGACUUCAUUUUUUACCAGAGUGGCUCUGUUGAGGCCAAAGUGCAUGCCACUGGAUACAUAUCGUCAUCUUUCAAUGUUGACGGCAAUCUCAAAUACGGACACCAGGUGGCAGAAAAUACUAUUGGGAACAUCCACACUCAUUUCAUCCACUUCAAAGUUGACCUGGACGUGUUGGGUAAGUGUGAACAAUACAUUUGACCUAGUAUAAACCGAUGAAAGGUCAAGCACAGUUAUAAAUGUCUUGUGGCCACUGAAGACCUGGUUUUAACCCCAGUUGGUUACAUUGGUGCUGGACGUGUCUGUGAGUUA